UUUAUGAUUGGGGUUUAAGAGAUGAUGAAAAAGUUAGGGAAAACUUUGAGUUUAUCAUCCAAGAUCGAUACAGAGACCUCAUGGGUACAUUUAGGAAUAGAUCAGCAGAUAUGGCUAGAGCUGCUGAACAUGAUAUCUCACCGGAUAAUAAAGACUAUAAUAUCAUGCAGAAUUUUGUACCCAAUGGGAUGCAAUCUCAGAGGUGGAAGGAUUUGUGUAGGGAAUGGAACACGGAUGCGUGGCUGAAAAGAUCUGCAAGCGGGAAGAGUAACCGCAAUACUGCUGAUAGUGGUGGGAAAAUAGCAAGACAUACUGGGGGUAGUAUUAGUUAUGAUGAGCACCGCAUUAGAUUCAUAGCAAAAAAGGGACGACCACCCACAUUUUUGGAGUUGUUCUUGAUCACUCAUCUAGAUAAAACAUCAAAGAAGAAAUAUUUUGAUGGAGAUGUUGAGGGAAAGCAGUUUUGCACUGAGAGAGCAAGGGAAGCUUAUGAAGCGUACUCUCAAGCCUUGCUUGAGAAGUAUGGGGAUGAUUUGGUUGAUCACCCGAUUGAUGAUGCUGAAUUGUGGGCUAAAACCCAAAGGGAGAUAAGUGGUUCUUCAAGGAGUAGUUAUAUCUAUGUAGUUGGAUCUUCGGAUAUAAACUCUUUGUUCAAUGGGAAACCAUCUGUUGGUGCGGGGUGUUCGUCGUCCUAUUGCGGGUCUCAACAGGAGGUAUAUUUCCUUAAUAAAUAUAUUGUUUAUAUUAUAGAUAAAGAAAGUACAUUACUAUAACUACACACUAUGUGAGACAUGAAAACAGUCCCUAAUAUAUUUAUUUAAAAAAAGCCAAGAAACUUAAAUAGAGUAUUAUGUUGCAAUUAUGAAUGAAAAAUAAAGUAUCUUGUUAUUAUGAAGUAUGUUGUUAUUAUAAAGUACGUUACUAUUAUGAAUGAAAACAGCCCAUAAAUAAAUAAUUUGUUGUUAGAAUUUUGUUAAAAUAAAGUGUGUUGCUAUUAUGGAUAAAAAAUAAGUAAAAGACCUAUAUUGGUAGCAAAUUAAAGUACAUUGCUAUUAUGGAAUACAUUUUUGGUAUGUUUCUAUAAUGGAUAAAGAAUGUUGAUAUAUUGUUUGUUUGCUAAUUAUAUGUUUGUUUUUAGGUUAAGGAGCUACGAAACCAACUUGAAAAUGUGGAGAGGGAAAGAGUUUUGAUGCAACAAAAACAAGAAAUGAUGGAACAACAAUUGGCUCAACUAAUGAGACGAUUUGGUAACCAUCCUGAAGACCAAUGUUAGUUUUGUUUGGAAUAUUUUAUUAAACAUGUUGGUGAAGUACAAAAAUGUAAUUGUUUUGGUGAAGUAGUAGAUGGUAACUAUCAUCCGGAUGAAGUAUUGGUUUUGUGGAUAUUUAGUAAUUACUAUCAUGUUUGAAGU